CGUACUUCGAUUCGAUUCGAUUCGACUUCAGUUCAUUCGAUUCGACUCGACCACUGUGUUCAUUACUGACGGAAAACGAUAAAAUUUAAAAUCGAUUAGUGAGAAACGAUUGAAAAACGAAGUUUAUAAGACUCACAUCUAUGCAAAUACAGAUGUAAAGUGUUUAUUAACGCAGUUGUGAGUUAUGUAAAUAUAACGAGAUACGCAUGAGAAGUUCAAAAAUGAACCGCAGUUUUUACUAUGUUUACGCACGCGUGCGUAUAAACGAAGGCGAUAGCGCGAAGAAUAGGAGGCAAGGGAAGUGAGGAAAACACGUUGACAAAAUUCGUGAAGGUUAUCGAAUAAGGAUCCUACAGAGAAGAAAUUUAUUCUCGGGAAAAUAACCUGAAUGAUUUCGAUGGAUGUCAAAAGUUGUUAGACCGUUCGUGUACCGUGAUCAAGAAUUAGUCGAAGGAUCGUGUACGCUUGAAGAGGAAAAACGAAACAGGACAGGCCGGCCGGAUCAGAACGGAAAGAAGAAUGAUAAGGUUAUAUCAGUAGGAAAUAUUACUCAGAAUAAAAGAACGUAACCGAAGAAUCGGAAGGAAAUACAUAUCGGUAUGACGCUGAAUCAGCCAAAUACAAUGUUUGCAGCUGUCGGAUCAGCUGUAUUUUACGGAUUAUCGUCGUUUAUGAUCACGGUUGUAAAUAAGACGGUGUUGACGUCAUUCGAAUUCCCGUCGUUUCAAAUACUUGGUAUAGGACAAAUGUUGUCUACUAUCCUAUUGCUGUUCGUUGCGAAGAAGUUACGUUACGUCGAGUUUCCUAACCUAGAAGUGACAACGUUCGCGAAGAUAUGGCCGUUACCGGUCAUCUUUAUCGGUAACAUGAUCUUUGGAUUAGGCGGUACCAAGCAACUGAGUCUUCCGAUGUUCACGGCUCUCAGACGAUUCAGUAUUCUGAUGACGAUGAUCGCCGAAUAUUACGUUCUCGGAGCAAAGGCGCGCGUUUCCGUUCAGCUGAGCGUCUAUACGAUGAUCAUUGGGGCAAUGGUGGCGGCGCUGAACGAUCUCGCGUUCAAUUUGAAGGGGUACGUGUUUAUCCUGUUGAACGACUUCUUCACCGCCGUUAACGGUGUCUACAUGAAGAAGAAACUGGACAAGAAGGAACUGGGAAAAUACGGAUUGAUGUACUAUAAUUCGUUGUUCAUGGUCGUGCCAGCGAUCGCGAUUUCGUGUUGGAUGGGAGACGCGCGUUCCGCCCUGGAAUUUCCCUAUUGGUACGACGUUUUCUUCCUCGUGCAAUUUGGACUUUCUUGCGUGAUGGGAUUCGUGCUGUCCUACAGUAUGAUUCUUUGUACGCUUUACAACUCUGCAUUGACUACAACUAUAAUCGGAUGUUUGAAAAACAUUUGCGUCACAUAUCUCGGAAUGGUUAUCGGCGGUGAUUAUAUCUUUACCUGGUUAAAUUUCAUAGGAUUGAAUUUGAGCGUAGUCGGUAGUUUGGUAUACACAUGGGUGACGUUUCGCAGAAGAGAGCCCAUCGAACCAAAGUAUUCUCCGCUUAUCGAAGAUCAAGCGUCAAAAAUCGAAGCCGUAUGAUCGAUUCAUCGACUCGUUUCAUUCCGCCGCGCCGUGCCGAUCGUUUUCUUUCCGAUUCGGUCAUUUUUCCGUCCGAUUUUCUUGGUCACGGUCACGUUCACAGCCUCGGAAGGGAAACGGGAGAUCCGAGCGGAAGAAAGAAACGAACGAGUAUGACAGCGACGACAAGCGACAUCGUACCAAAGCAAACGAAUCUCUCGUUACCGGACAGAACGCGUACACGGUAUACAAUAGUGCCAUAGCGUGUUCGUUGAACGGACAGCGUUGACCGCGACGUUUCCUGUAAUAAAACUUGUACAUACAUACGCAUACAUAGAUAGAUUUUUGAAAGGUACAAUAUCACUGAAGUAACGUGUACAUAAGAAAGAAUUCUCGAAAAAA